AGAUAGAUAUCGCUGCUUUAGAAGUCAUCCAUAAUAUAGACAUUUUUGGUUUCAGAUAACCCUAAAAUAAAACACGUAUUCAUAACAUUGGAGCAGUGUAUGGAAGAACGAAAGAAAAUGCUACAGGAUAAGAGAUUCCUAAAUUGUUUGUAUAAAUGCGAGAAAUGUAUUAAAGGCUUUAAUUUUAAGGGAAGCUAUGAGAAACAUAUGGAGAAACAUAGUGAGAAAAUGGGUGAUUAUGAAUGUGAUAUUUGUAUGCAACGUAUGCAUUCAGAGGAGAAAUUGCAAAGCCACAAGAGAUACCAUCAGAUGUGAGUUGGUUUUUCUUUCUAUUAUUAAGGGCUUAGAAAAUUGUUAUAAACACUAGCAUAUGUAGUACAUACAAAAAUUUUCGAACAUUUUGUCUUUUAUAAUAAUCAUAUACAUAGC